GGGUCCCCGGCAGCACGUUAGCCAUCUUGUGCUGCUGCUGUUGUUUGAUAGAGAGAGAGAGAGAGAGAGAGGCAGAGAGCAGCGCUGAGCUCCGGCAGAGACACGGGAUCCACCGAACCGAGCUCCGGUACUGACGGGUAUACAGACCCCGCGGGCUGCGUGUGGAUCAGGACCGGCUCCGCGGGCUGGGAUGGCGGUGUAGAGGCCGCUCCUCCGCCGCAGGUUGUUGAACGGGCCGCUCUCCUCCCGCGCUCCGAGCGCCAUGGCGGGGAACCAGCAGCAGCAACAGCAGGCCGUGACCAAGUCCUCCACCGGCAAACACGGCAACGUGCUGCCGCUGUGGGGCAACGAGAAGACCAUGAACCUGAACCCCAUGAUCCUCACCAACGUCCUGUCCUCCCCCUACUUUAAAGUGCAGCUGUACGAGCUGAAGACCUACCACGAGGUCGUGGACGAGAUCUACUUCAAGGUAACCCAUGCAGAGCCGUGGGAGAAAGGCAGCCGGAAGACUGCGGGACAGACUGGAAUGUGCGGAGGGGUGCGAGGCGUCGGCACGGGAGGUAUCGUGUCCACCGCGUUCUGUCUACUUUAUAAGCUGUUUACACUGAAACUCACCCGCAAGCAGGUGAUGGGUCUCAUCACACACACAGACUCCCCAUACAUCAGAGCACUCGGCUUCAUGUACAUACGAUACACUCAGCCUCCUGCAGAUCUGAUCGAGUGGUAUGAGCCCUUUCUAGAUGAUGAGGAGGAGCUGGACGUGAAGGCCGGCGGUGGGUGUGUGAUGACGGUCGGGGAGAUGCUGCGCUCCUUCCUCACUAAGCUCGAGUGGUUCUCCACGCUGUUUCCACGGAUACCCGUGCCCGUGCAGAAGAUGAUCGACCAGCACAUGAAGAGCCGCCCACGCAAACUCCCACAGAAGGAUGGCAAGGAGGAGGAGGAGGAGGAGGAGGAAGAAGAGGAGGAGGACAAUGAACGGCAGCGCUCCAGGACGCCGAGGAGAACCCCAAGCCCCCGGAGAUCACCGAACCGAUCACGCAGCCGCAGCCACCACCGAGAGCGGCACGGGGCCAGCUUCGACCACGAGCUAGAGCGCGAGAGGGACCGCCAGCGAAAAGAGCGAGAGGGCAAAGAUAGAGAUAGAGACCGAGAGAGAGACAGGGAAAGAGACCGAGAGCGAGACAGAGGAGAGCGCGACAGACCAGUGGACAGGGACCGGGACAGAGAGCGGCGACGUUCCAGAACUCCAGACCGAGCCGACCGGGUCCCGGAGCGCCGCAGGAGCCGCAGCAGAGAGCGGCGGAGGAGCCGAAGCCCCGCCCGCGAGAAGAGGAACGACAGGAAAGAGCGAGAGAAAGAGAGGGAGGCAGAGAGCGAGAGAGAGCGCAGCCGGCGAAAAGAGCGAGAGCACAAAGACCGGGGCGCUGCGGCCGAGAAGGAGAGAGAGCGCUCCAAAGACAAGAGGAGUAAAGGAGAGGGGGAGGAGCGACGGCACAAAGAGGAGCGGAGACACCGCGAGGAGAGGAAGAGCAAGCGCUCCAGCCGGAGCCGCAGCCGGGAGAAGAAACACAAAACCGAGAGAUCCAACCGGAAACGCUCCCGCUCCAGGAGCCGGCAGGACGCGGCAGUGGCGGCGGAGGAGAAGAGCACUAAGCGCGAGCGCAGCCACAGCAAGGAGCGCUCUCACAAACGCAGCCGCAGCAAAGAGCGCUCGCACCGGCGAGAGUCCAGCAACGGCAAAGAGCCCCGGCCCCGGAGCGCCAGUCCAGACCCGGGAGACGGAGCUCACGCCAACCGCCCCAAUUCACCCUGAUCCCAUCGACACACCCGCCCACUUUACCCUCCCUCCCCUCCGAUUCUGUACGUCUCCCAGGACCUCGUCGCGCAAGACAAGCGGAAACAGCACGACGUCCCUGGAGUUCUCCUUCCACCCCUUAUUCGUUCCGGUUAUCUCACUUGUAGGUAUUACCCAAUGUUUUUGUUUCUCCCGCAGGAGAAGAUUAAAAUCCCUGAUUUCCCCCGUUUCCACCCGGUCUUGGACGUAAUGAAAAAGACCCAAAAAAAAUGCUUUUUAAUUGUUCUGUUUCUGUUUGUUUUCAGGAAAUCUUGCAAAAAAAAAAAGAAGGUUUUGUAUAUAGUGUAAGGGUGGGGGGGACGUUUUAAAUCUUAUAAAGGACACGCAGAGCAAGGCUGCUGAACGAGCGACAGCGUGGACCUACUGAAAUUGUGCCGUGUUCAGGUCAUUUCUCUGUUGCAUCUCAUUUCCUAAUAAAAAUCUUGUAUGAAAAGAUA